AUAGCCUCAACAAGCAGAUGAGCGAGCUCGCUGUAUGGAGCGAGCGAGGAGUGGGAAGCGCCGUGCAUCGUGCCCGUUCCCUCGCAGCUACAGUCUUCGCCUGGACACCGCGCCAACGACACUCUCGUGCAGUCAGUGCUCCCGAUUCAUGCAGCGCGUGUUCUCGGACUGACAGAAGCCAUGAAGGCCCUCCGACUCAGUCCUUCCUCUCGGAGGCACGAGAGAAACGCUGGGGUUUCCCUGUUUACUUCGAAGCACCAACUGUGCCUUGAGUUGGACCUUUGUGUUCACCUUCCCCAGCCCAGUCUGAAACCCUUGACGGAAGAUGUAUCUAUGAUUCUCACCUUGCAAGCACUGCCAGUAUCCGAUUCCUGCGUCUGCCAACGGAUUUGUCAAUGGCUAGGACAAACGUUCCCUGCUAAAGAAUGUUCGACGUGUGAUCUCGACGAAGAACCUUCACCGUUCCCAACCUCCCUGCUCGAGGUGCGCAGCGCCCUGAGCAAAGGGAACUUUGAGGCGGCGACCCAGCUAGCUGAGUUCCUGCUCGCGGCCGGCGCGGACCCUGACGAGACAGACCCUGAGGGGCGCACCCUCCUCAGCCACAGCGUGCAGCGUCUGGACGACACGGCCGCCCUGACGCGCUUGCUGCUCAACAACGGCGCCAGUGUGUGGCACCUCGGCGCCCCUGCGGAAACCGACCACUCCCCCUUCACCUGGCUGCUUAGGGCGCUUAUCCUGAGACGCCGCUUUGAAAACUGCGACCUCACCCUGGAAAUGCUCGCCAGAGUUAUGGGCGAGCGACCUGCGCAGAUGAAGGCCCACGUGCUCAGGGCCAUGUUUAGACACGCCAAAUGUCCAAAGGUUUUGGGGCCAAUCUUCAAGCGAGUGAAGGAAGUGCUCUCCGUCUACUGGACCAACCCUCAGAGCUUACAAUUCAGCUGCCUCAGCGCAAUCAGACGCCGACUGGGUGGCCGGACUUCUCACGGAGUGCCCCUUUUAGGCCUUUCGCCGCCCUUGAAAAGAACUCUGCUGAUGCAGGAUCUCUUUUAAAGAAGACACUCGUUUGACGUGUUCUCCUCGCAGUUCCUAAUUCAUUUGUGGUUCUUGUGCGGCUCAAGCGGGCUGGCCGGAUUUCUCUCAAUCCUAGCUCUACGAGCGAAUUAUUCAUAGCAUAAAAUAUCUCUUUCACAAGCUCGAAUUUCGACCACUUUGGGUAUAUUGAAAUGAUGUAAUCUGCGUAACACGCCCAUCAUAGUUACGUGCUUUAGCGAUUGUAAUAUGAUCUUAAACGCGCGCAUCACAAGUCUGUCUACUUGCCAUAGCUUAAUCAACCCCGUCUGCUCAAUUAGAUAGUUGCACAUUCGACGUGGUUGCUCUAGUCCGCCUGAGAAGAUCAAAAUUCGCCUAAUGCAUACUCAGUGCACCUCCCAAACUGAAAUUCAACAAUUCAAAAUUGCUAAAUAUUUAAUCUGUGAAUCCAAACUGAUGACUAAAUUGAAAUUUUUUUUAUGUCGCGGCCUUUUUUAACGGGACGGGUUUUGUUCAUUGAUAAAAAUGUACAAAAUCGGAAGAGUUAACUUUUUCAUCAAAGUAGUUGUGUAAGGAAAUCUUAUAACUGUAACACCCUUUAAAACAAGGUAUUCAGAAAGACCUCAAGAUAUGCGUAACUAGUUUAUAAAAAUGUCCUAAAACACGUAUUAUAUAUGUAUACUAUAUAAUUAUUAUACACUUCACAGAUAAAUGGAUUUCCAUUUUUAAUAAAUUGCCUCAAUUCAAAUUGA